AUGGACUCGGAAGUUACUCGGGCUGUGUCCAUCUACAACGUACGUCUGAGGCAUAAGUCUAUGGAGGGCGUGAUCGCUCCCCAGACACAGCUCCCUUCCUGCUCCAAAGCGGAAGUGCGUCCGGCGGCGCCACCGGGGUCUUUUUUGCUUUCUCUGCCCCUGCCAGGCGACGAAGAGGAAUCGAGCGGCCAUGGUUCCCACAAGAAGAAACACAAGAAGCAUAAGAAAAAGCACAAGAAGAGACAUCACCGGGAGGAUGUCGGCCUGGCGGCGGCGGCGGCAGUGGAGCCCAGCGCGGCGCUCCCCAAGCCUCAGCUGAAACUCAAAAUCAAGCUGGGGGGACAAAUCCUGGGGACCAAGAGUGUACCAACCUUCACUGUGAUCCCUGAGAGGUCUCGCUCUCCAUCCCCAUUGAUGGUUGUGGAUGAUGAUGAAGAGCCCAUGGAAGGGGUUCCCAUUGAACAGUAUCGAGCGUGGCUGGAUGAGGACAGCAAUCUGGAGCCGUCGCCUCUGCCAGAGCUUGACACCGAAAUGGGUUUCCCAGCUCGAGAAGAGGAGGAGGAGCAGCGCUGGCUGGAUGCGCUGGAGCGAGGGGAGCUGGAUGACAAUGGAGAACUCAAGAAGGAGGUGGAUGAGUCCCUGCUCACAGCCCGGCAGAAAGCGCUGUUGCACAAGCAGCAGAGUCAGCCCCUGCUGGAGCUGCCCAUGGGCUACAAGGCCAAGGAGCUCACAGAAGAAAUGCUGGUGAAGCGAGAGGAGAGGGCCCGCAAGCGCCGCCUUCAGGCUGCCAAGAAGGCUGAGGAGAACAAGAACCAGACCAUUGAGCGCCUCACCAAGACCAGCAAGACCAAAGUCAAGACACUGCGGGAGCGCAAGGCCAAAGGGGCGGCGGUGCCCGUGAUCUGCUACCGCAAUGCUGCUGAUGGCAUCACCGUCUCCUUUCCUCAAGGAGCCAGCGUGCCUCUGCUGCCCUCCCCCCCACCAGUGGUGCCGCUGCCCACACCAUGUGGGGUCAGCGGGUGCCCCAACCUCAAGCGGUACUCCUGCUCCCACACUGGGGUGCCCCUCUGCAGCCUGGCCUGCUACAAGAGGAACCUCCUGCUCCAACAGGUGGCGGCCUAACACCCCCUAGCCCAUUGCCCUUUGGGGGCCAAGGGAACACCACUUGAGCGGCUUAGGAAGCGGAUGCCUGAAGGUCGAGGAGCAGCACCAGAGAUCCUGGAGAGAAUGGCAGUGGUCUCUGGCAGCUUGUGGUGUGGUGGCAGUGAACACAUUUGGCGUGCCAGGAGUGUGUGUGUGUGUGUGUGUGUGUGUGUGUGUGUGUGUGUGUGUGUGUGAUGGGCAGCCCUGAAUGGAUGGGGAAUGAUCUCACAAACGGUGAUGCCUGGAAAGAGCCAGCAAGAGGGUGCAGAGACACACACACGUGCAUCUUUUAGGUGGAACCUGAUAGAAGCAACACCGCUGGCACAGGCACUGCCUGCUUUUUCUAGGAUUAGGGUGGCUGAGGGUCUGGCAGCAGCCAUAAAUUCCCUUGUCUGGUGCCGCUGUUGCUUCCAGAGGUAUUGGGGCGAGCAAAGGAUAGCGCCAGGAAUUUUCCUGUGACACCCACCAGGCAGUUGCAGGAAGAAAGGCACCAAGCAGCGACAGACUUCUUUUUUCUUUUUUUGCCACCAAUCUCCCUGCUAUUAUUUUGAAGAGACAAUGAAGAGACACUCUAAGCAACUCUGACGGUUGUCUCUUCCCUGUAAGGGCACAAGUGGCCAGGCUCAAGAGCCCCCAGACAUGUGGCUUCCAGAAGGGGCUCCAGCAGGCUUCUUCCCUUCACCCUACUUACAUUUCAGUUCUUAUAACUGCCCAAUGUUUCUUGGAUAAAGCACCAGGAGACAGUAUGAGAGCCUGAUGAUUUGAAAGGGCACAGUUGUUUGCUGGCCUCUCCCCCCUUACAUGGAUCGGAUCCCAUCCUUAACAUCAAAUGUUCUGCACUGACCCUCAGUCCCCUUUUCUCCUCCCUACUCAUUCUUGUCCCAGUGGGCAAAUCUAUCUUGCACUUUCUUUUCUGGCUUUCUUCUCUGUUCCUAAUUGUGAUGUUUUCCAUCUGUGCAGUAAAAUUUGUAAUCAAUAAAGUACUGUUUUUAAAGGAUUCAGA